AUGUCCCAAGAUUCUGAUGUCAAAAAGAACACGAGUCUUAACCUGUUCGACGACACUCAGUGGAAGGACGGCGCCGCUUUUGUUGCCGAUAUGUUUUGCAACCCAACCUCUCGGCGCGACUACCUGAGGCCUCUGAGCCUGCCCGAGGAAGUCUCCGAUGACGAUGGCGGGGACGUUGCCAUGGGAGGUAUCCCCGAUGCCGGCCAGGGGUACCAGAAUGAGGACGAGGACCAAGGCGACGAGGUCGGUGAGACUGAGCUGAUGGAUGACGAUGAUGCCGACAAAAAUGACGACAAUGUUGUCGACAAGGUUACCGACAAGCUUACCGAUGAUGCUGCCGACAAUGUCGCUGAAAAUGAUGCCGACAAUGAUCUGAUGAUCAUCGGCCAAGACUCGAGACUCGCGAGUCAACCCGAGGCGCCCGAGGCGCCCGCGCUGCCCGCUCUGCCCGCGCUGCCCGUUGGUCUGCACCAAAAGAUGCGGAGAAAGAUGAGGAGGACGAGCGUGCUGCUGGCAACAGAGGUGUCAAUGGUGCUGGUGGUAACGGAGCCCGAGAAUCCCUCAAGACCACGCUAG